AAUUGUCCAGAGCCAUGGAAGUGCCCUUAUCUCAGAAUCAUUGCUGGGGGAUGCCCCUGAGAAGUUGGUCACCAUGAGCUCCAGAGUAGAAACUAACACCCUGGGUCCCCUAACUGGAGGGCAUGAGAUGGUAAAGGCCUUUGUCAAAGAUGGGAUUGAUGGGACAGGAUGCAGUGGGGAAGGAAGUGAGAUUGAGUAGGGGGUGUUUGUACGGCCUUUCUGGCAGGUGUCACCAGAGUUCUGAACUUCUGUUUUUGUCUUCACAGCCACUGAAGAAAGAGAUCAAGAUGGAGGCAGAGCCACAGAGGAAGUUUGGCGUGGUGGUGGUUGGUGUUGGCAGAGCUGGCUCUGUGCGGAUACGGGACUUACUGAAUCCAGACCUUUCCUCUGCCUGCCUGAACUUGAUUGGCUUCGUGUCCAGACGAGAGCUCGGGCACAUCAGCGGGGUCCCGCAGAUUUCCUUGGAGGACGCUCUUUCCAGUGAGGAUGUUGAGGCUGCCUUUAUCUGCAGUGAAAGCUCCAGCCAUGAGGACUACAUCAGGAAGUUCCUGAAUGCUGGCAAGCAUGUCCUUGUGGAAUACCCCAUGGUGCUGUCUCUGGCAGCCGCUCAGGAGCUGUGGGGGCUGGCUGAGCAGAAAGGAAAAGUCUUGCAUGAGGAGCAUAUUGAACUCCUGAUGGAGGAAUUUGCAUUCCUGAAGAAAGAAGUGAUGGGGAAAGAGCUGCUGGAAGGCUCGCUUCUCUUCACAGCUGGCCCCUUGGAAGAAGAGCAGUUUGGCUUCCCCUCAUUCAGUGGCAUCUCUCGCCUCACCUGGCUGGUGUCCCUCUUUGGGGAGCUUUCCCUUGUGUCUGCCACUUUGGAAGAGCAGAAGGAAGACAAGCACAUGAAGAUGACUGUGCACCUGGAGACCAAGAGUCAGCGCCCGCUGUCCUGGAUCGAAGAGAAGGCGCCUGGUUUAAAACGAAACAGACAUAUAAGCUUCCACUUCAAAUCGGGAUCCCUGGAGAAUGUGCCACAUGUAGGAGUCAAUAAGAACAUUUUCCUGAACGAUCAAAACAUAUUUGUCCAGAAACUCCUGGGCCAGAUCUCUGAGACGGAACUGGCUGCUGAAAAGAAACGCAUCCUACAUUGCCUGGGACUGGCAGAAGAAAUCCAGAAAUCCUGCCACCAGAGGAAGUGAGAGCAGAGAGCUAUACUAGCAGGCCUCUCUGGAACCAGAACUGUACAUGUGUCCCCAGUGGACCCUCAUGUCUAUUCUGACAAUUAAACACGUUGGGUGAACUGGA